AUGCCCAUCCUCCCUGCCGUUCUUGGAUGGCCAUGGCAGCUGGGAGGCUUUGACGCCCCAACCAUUGAGGAGAACCUCACUGAGAUGGGCGCAGGCAGCGGUAGGCCGCAGCCGAAUGAGACGAACGACCUGGAGAGCGAUUCCUGGUGGUUCGAAGGGGUGGUUUGGGGCUUUUGGUGGCGCACCUAUGGCCUGAGCGAUGAAGCCCCAUGGUUUGGAACUCCCGACCUGCCAGGAAGGUUGAGAGUUGAUGGUGGAUGGGCCGGCUACUUCAUGGACGGCAUCGGGGUUCAAGCCUUUGGGAGCUGGUGGCCUUGGGUGGCAUGCUUCGUCAUGAUCACCUUCAUCACAGGGAUUCUCGGCAUCCUGACGUACAGCCUCCAUACUUUGACUGGCCCUUGCAGGGCAUUAGGCAGCGGAGUGCAAGCACUCCUCGGUGUUUGCUGUUGCAGACGACGUGAUAGCGUCGAAGCACACCUGCCAAGUGCCCGGCCCUUGAUGAGUGACAUUGAAUGGCAUGGACCUCGAACUGGGUGGCCCACGGAGACCAGGUACCUCCAGCAGCGCUUGAAAGGGCGCGGAAGUCGAAGGCGCUUGAACGAUGUGGUUGUUCGGCGUGGUGGGCAUGUCGCCCGGUUGCUGCAGGAGGAGAGCAUGUUGCGGAGGAUCGACAGUGACGGCCUUCGCGUGAAGUUCAGCGGAGUUUCAGGAUGCACUUCACGGCAGUUCCGCCGUGAACUGGAAGAAGCAGGAGAAGUUCACCUUUGUCGACAACUUGAAUGCCGAGCUGAACACACCCUGCACAUCCAGGAGUUCGCGGGAGUUGAUCAUGAAGCACUGUUGGACCUGCACCGCUACGCCCAUGGCUCACCACGUUGGCUCAUUGGGUUACUGGGACGUGGCCUAUGGCGAGCUUUUGGAUUGGUGGCCAGGCUCAUGCGAUGCUGCUGCAGGUUGUGCUGUGCGAGAAAGGCGAACCGAGUCAUUCGUGACGAAGAUGGCCAUGAACGGCUCCUUGACCCCGAUUCGGAGUCGGAAGCGGAGGGGGAUGAGUCAUCAUGCCAAGGAGUCCGAAUUGGGCUGGUGAUUGAUGGUGAGAUGCGCCCCUUGGCACCUGAUGGAUGCAGCGACAUGGCGACGCAGGAGGAGACGACCCUACUUGAUGAGGACAUCGAGGUUUCGGAUGUACGCCCCCCUGGUCCUGGUCAGCUAGCACGCAUCCCACUUUGUGCACAUCAUCGACAAGUCUAUCAGGGUGCUGCUGCCAAGCGGAAGUGUGGGGUUUUGACAUGCCACAAAGCGUCUAAAGGAGCACGCCAUGGAGUUCCCCUAUGCUACGACCAUCUAUGUGAACAAGGAAGCACGGGAGCUCGCAAGGACAGCCCGCACCCGAAUGGCAUGCUGCAAGGCUUCAGGCGGCGAUUCACAAGAAGACCACCGAGCCGCAGUCGGAGCCCAGCAAUCGAGCAGGCCCAAGAGAGAGUCCCUGAGGAGGCAAGUGAGAGAAGGGCGAGCCAAAGCAAGAAAGAGAGUGGAAUGGCGCCUAUGAGAUCUUCGUCGGUUGACCUGGGGAAGGUGAUGAUCCCGUCCCCGCCCAGAGGCACGCUAGAUCAGGAGGACGUCAUGGGCAAGCCCGUCUGGGUGAAGAUCAAGCUCAACUACACGGAUGAGAAAGCGGUGUGGGUCAUGUGCCUGGGGGAGCUGGUGGGCUAUAUACCUGGCGGAGUCCGAGGAGAUCGAAAGCUUGAGAUAUUCAUCAAGUUCCUUGAGGCCACCAUCAUCGUCGACCCCAAGUACCUGGACGACCUGACGGAGGUGAAGAAUGUGGAGGAUGUCGAGCCGGAGAAGGCCCAGCACCUCAUCAGAGAAGUGCCACAAGAUGCAGCGGGGAUAGGUCUGGAUGUCAAAGGCUACAUCGUCCCGGAGCACCUGGUGCAGCGCCUACGUUCCUGGGAAGGUCGGGUUGUUGAGGGUGGAAAGCGAUUGAAUCAGUCGCAAAUUGAUCACGCCAAGAAGAACAUCUCCAACUUGGUACGCAGGCAUUGUGCUGGGUACAUCAAAGGUGAGAUCUGGCCCAGCUGGCCGGCGGAGGCAGAACUUGGCAUGGACCUGCAGGUCCGUGGCCGUACGGAGCAUCCACCCCUGGUGACUUCGGAGGAGACGCGGAGAAGAUCCCGCAGUAGGAGUCAUAGCCUGGCCAGGAUCAUGAAGGAGGAGGACGAGCGGAAGCAGAGAACAGAGCACGAGGUGGUUGCGGACGCAGAGACCGAGGACCUGACCGGCGAGGGCAUCGUGGAGGCUUUUGUCACGGCAACGACCACAGGGCAGACGCACCAAGAGGCCAUGGACACGGUUCAGAUGAUCUUUGAAGCGGACGCUCCGACCAUACAGGGAGUGCUGAGGAACUACAUCCGCAAGAACUGUGGCAAGCAGAAUGAGCAGGUUGAGGUGGCGAUCAAGAUUCUGAAGGGCACGAACAACCAGAGCACGAGUGUGAGCAAGGACGACAACACCUUACAGGGAGCUCAGUUGGACAGACCCAAGCCUAUGGAGAGGAAGCCCACCUCCUUCUCGGACAAGCUUUUCCCACAGCAGUAUGGCAUCAUGAAAGAUGAUGGGAGCCUCAUCCGUCCAGCUGGCAGCCCAGAUGGGAAGAACCCCCUGACCGCGAAUGACGGCGUGGUGGGACAACUGUUCGGACUUGGUGGGAGGCUGGAUGACACUUCGACCCGUGCUGGAGCAGGAGGUGAUGACGAAGACGGCCAAAUGGGAGCCCGGGUAGUACACGCAUUGGAGGGCAUCCGGAAGGCAACGGAAGGUGACAAGAAGGGCAGCCCGGGAACAAGGAGCUCCAUUGGUUCCGAGGAGAGCUUAGAUGUCUACCUUGCACGUGGCUGCAACACGUUGACCGUGGAGGUGUGCCCCGACGUCACCGGCAAGGAGCUCUUCGACGCCUUGAAGAGAGCAUGUUCCCACGCCAAGGCAAAACUGCAGCAGAUCGAAUGGCCAUGCUUGGUGACGAACGGCAUAGCUUAUGGACUGGCAGCGUUGCAACAUGGCGGAAAGGAUCAUACCACUUUGGCUCCAUGGCAGCUUAGUGUGGCGCAUGCGGUGACGGCCAAGCCAAGAGACUUCGACCAGUACGAGGCCCCGAAGGACGACAAGAUUGAGCCCAAGCCGAGAUACCCCACACACUUUGCAACAUGGCUGAAGCAGGCGCGGAACGAGAUCAAGAUGUUGGGUUCAGUUUUGGGCCUGGAGCACAAGAAGGAGAGACUCAAGGCCUUGGACCAGAUCGAGCGGGCACACGAACAAGACUCAGAUGUUUGGCCGGAGAACUACUGCUACAGCUUGUGGGUGGCGAUCAACCUCACCCUGACGGAGACAGCCAAGGAGGUGAUGCGGGCGGCGAUGAAGAUCGAGUUGGCCGAGGACGUGACCGCGCGGGAGGGCAAGCCCAUUUGUUGGGAUGGAGCUACACACAUGGGAUGCAGCAGGGGCAAGGAUUGCAACCACGCCCGCCAACCCAUCACCACGACGAAGGGGCUGCAUUGGACCGUUUUGGCACAGCUGAUCCGACGUGGUGGGCUGAAGAGUGGCCCUAUGAUCCAACCGGGACAAGUUGAUGGACGCAUCGCUCAACUUCGGACGCAGGCGAAGGCGGAGCAUGACGAGAAGGUGAAGGACGGCGUCCAGAAGCAGGGUUGGCUGCCCCCGGAAGAGUAUGAGGGGGUCCAAUACACUCAGUUGGAGGAUGAGCUGAGGGAGCUGACACGUGGCCCAGACGCACAUUGGCUCAAGGACCCAAUGCUCGAACCCGGGCACAAGGGCUACACGACUUGGGACAGACGAGUCAAACACCCCGAAGCCCUUCGAAGGCUGAAGGUCCUCGAAGAGAUGGAGAAGGCGGGGACGUUCGCAAGGCUGAACCAGUGGUCCAGCUACCUUCAGUCUCACGUGCGGGGGAGGAUGCUGAAUGCAGUCAUUGAAAAGCAGGAGACGACGGUCGACGAGGUGCUCCUCGAGGCAACCGAGAAGGGAUGCCCAGAACUCGCACAAGAAGCUGAGAAGGUCCUCAAUGAGGAGCGUUCAGUGGGUUGGAUCGACGAUGAGAAGCAGGCCUGGAUCAGUGCACCUACCUGGUACAAGGACAAGGGCUAUGGUGAGGGCAAGUUCGAAUUCCAAUGUGGAGACAGGCGCAUCAGCUGGCGCUAUCUGGACUACAAGGACAAGCUCCCCGUCUCGGACGAGCUGGCCAGUGCGUUGGGGCUACAACCUGGAGAAGAUGAAGAGAGGCAAUGUCUUGUGCUUCAUCCAGCAGCAGGCAUCCUAUUAUGGGAAGGCGACUGGGACCCGGAGCGCAGGCCAACCAUCGAGGAGGUCAAGCAGAAAGCGCAAUCUUUCAGGGCAUGCCUUUGGGAUGAAGCUGCAAGAGCAGUCGCAGAACUAGGUGACCCAGCGCCGUGGAUUGGAGCACGUGAAGCUGAAAUUCGUGGCUACGCCCAUGACUGUCUUCGAGCAAAUCAUGACAAGGACUACAGGCUCUUCCAGGCCUUCGUGCUGGACGAACUUCGUGAGGUCACACUCCAAUGCUGGAGGCUGAAUUGCCGCGGACAAUUCCAGGUGGACCACCUCGUGGGGAGCCAGCCAGGCAGUGAGGGGCAGAUCAUCCCAUUCCUGAUCCAUGGUGGUCACAUCCGGCUUCUCGUACCGAAUGAGAAGGAAGAACCAAUCAAGGUGGCGGCUGAGCUAACCCUCAACGGGCAGGUGGACAGAGAAUGGCAAUGUGAAGGUUGUUGGGAGUUCCUUGCAAAUGAGGACACAGCUGCCCCCCCUCGUGCCGGGAAAACGACCCAACAGGGAAAGGGUCAGCCGCAGGUGCCAUGGAGCUUCAACGAACACCCGGUGGACACCCAGGAGCUGAUCUUGAUGGGAGCACGGACGCCCUUGAAACACCGACCUUCGUUCGCCUAUGGAGUGAGGGUACAAGAGGUCUUUGCUGGUUCAGGGACGUGGACCCAGGCGAUGCGAGAAGCAGGCAUGGCGGCCAACGAGCCGGUCGAACUGUUUGGAGACCCCCUUCAAAAGCAGGACAGACGCAGCCACUUCGACUUGAAGGACGAGGCCGUGGCCAACUAUUACCUCCAAGCAGCUGCUGAACUCCCGGGACCAUCCACAGCGAAUGUCUGGGAAUUUGGAACUCCCUGCACAAGCUACUGCGACUUCAACAUCCUGAAUGGAGGAACACGUAGCUUCACUUCGCCUGAAGGGGGCCCAGAUCCGACGAAGAGCGAGGAGGAGGGUAACUACUUCUGCGAGCUCACCUGCCGGAUGUGUGAGCUGCUCUAUGCCCAUGACAAGGAGUUCGUGCUCGAGUCCUCGAUGCCUUCAGGGAGAUAUCCCAAGAUUUGGGAUCAACCAGCCGUUCAAAGGCUACAACAAUCGACUGGAGCUCUCAUCGUGCCGACCCACUUGUGCGAAUGGGGUGCAGCACCCAGCGACAGGCCAGAGAUGAGAUACAAAAAGGGCCAGUGGAACUUAGUGUCACCUGGCCUAUACCUCCACGCAUUGUUGUUGUCACGACGCUGCCAGGGCAAUCAUAGACACAUGGAUGUCAAGGGCGAGUCGGACAUUCCAGGAGUUCCUCGAACCCGUCGCGCACAAGUAUACCCUGGACGCCUCUGCAAAGGAUGGGCACUCGUGGUGCAGGCGGCCUAUGCCGGUUGGGACACAAUACAGGUGGCGCAAGCGCUGGAGGUCAUACAGAAGGACAAUGGCCGAGAAGGGGCACUCCCACACAGAACAGCGAGCAGAGCACAAGACUCGAAAGCCCACCCAUCUUCUUCCGCUUCUUCAUCAACUAUGACGUCGACGUCGGGAAAGACAGAUCAGCCAGCUCGCUCGACUUCCUACAGGACAGAUGGACACUGCGGUAGUGCAGAGUACUCUGAGUUCCACGGAGGCUCUCAACUUCUUCGUGGGCACCAUUGCGGCAGCGUUGGAGAGAGCGAGUUCGCUCACGGAAUUCCUGCAGCAGUGAUGGCCAGGCUCAUCCCGAGAGAGGUGAACCCAGGAGAAGCAGCGGCACCGGUGCGACCCUACGAGGGAGGCAUCAACGUCUUCGGGCCACCACGACCGCUGGAGGGCAUCAACGGGCGCUCUGAGGACUGGUGGGACUAUCAGGAGGACACGCUCUUCCUUGUUCGCCAUCAUGUGAUGCCCAGGAGAUCUAUGUUUGGGUCGCACUAUGGUGAUUGGGUGGACUGCCCAGUGUCAGACCACCUGAUCCGUAGUGAUCGCCGGACCUGGAUGUACCCCCAGAGGCGGGACCUCUCGGAGGCCGUUCCGCAGGAAAGGGUGUUCUUGGACAACUGGAGAGUUGACCUCGCAAGGUUGCGUGACAUCCCGGAUGCAAUUGAGGCCGAGUAUGCCGACUGGACUGGUGCCACCACGUUCUACCUCUAUGACCCGGAGAUCAGACCGGAGCUGGGGAGGCGCUUCGGGCACGGGCAAGAAGAAGGGGAAGGUGAAGAUCCUGAUUCCGAAGUUGAUGGGGGGCUUCAACCGGUGCUCCCAGAAGGGCGUGACAUGGCGCCGGCAUUCAGGUCACCUCGAGAGUUUCAACCCCCCACGAGGGAGGUGGAAGCAGCGAGGAGGUACUAUCCAGGCGGGGGUGUUUGGGACCCGUGGCAUGGUGGACGCAUUGAGGAGGAGGAAUCGAAUGCCGAGCAAGCCGUGGGGGAAGCAGGGAGCUCCGAUGACCGGCGACAGCGCUCAAGAUCCAGGUCCAGGGGCUUCGCCCCUUCGAGGGGUGACGAUGGCUCGGACAGGAGGGUAGGCUACCUAGCCGCUUCUCAAGUACUGGAGUAUGAGGAGGCGCAAACUUGUGGAUGGUUGGGUCACUGCCUCGAGCCCGACGAGCAAUGCCAGGUUGGCUACAUGGACGACCAGAACUUGAUGGAGGAGCCGCGCGGUGAAGUGCUUGAUCGAGCCCUGAAGUACAUGGAACACUGCAAGAACCACCCAAAGUAUGACACCCAGGUGAUCAGGACAGCAGUCGCCCUCGGUGACGACCUUCUGAGAUCAGCAGGCACCUUGGAAAGGGCAAUGCAAGGUCUUCGUGAAGCAAGGCGUCGAACCAUUGGGGUCCCUACGGCAGGCGCCACUACGAAUGAGGUGCUGGAAUGCUUGGAUGCCAAUCACGCGGACUACCUCAAGGCCAUGAACGCAGGGGGUGUUCGCACGCGCAGGUAUUAUCCGCCCAGGAGGCUUAAAGCAGAGCCGUAUCCCUCCGCUGUGGACAACAUCGAGGAGAUGUACCAGAAGGCCUGGAAAGAUGGUCAUUGGGGCAUCGUGCUCUUCGCCUCCGACAAGACGGAAGAAUGUACCCGGAACCUCAUCGAAUGCCCGCAAGGACGAGUCCCGAAGCAGUUACCUGAUCGGAGCAUCAGCACUGAAGGUCGCCCGAUCCACGCCAUGAUGACUGCAAACGCGGCCACCCACAAAUUCCAACACCCGCCAGCCGUGCAGCCGCGCCAUCGCCAGAUUGCCAGGAAGGCGAUCUGGUGGGGAGCCCGCCACCCUGGGAUCAGGUGCCUCAUCGCCAAGCUGGACGUGAGCAGGGCAUUCAAAUGGCAUGAUGUUGCUCCAGAGGACACCUCGGACUUUGGGAGCGCACUUCCUGGAGGCCCAGUUGGAGUUGAAGGGAGGGUGAAGAUGAUCUACGGAGGUCUCCCCUUCGGCUGGUGCGGAGCUCCCGGAGAAUACAUGGCCUUCGCACUGGCAGGAAGAGCGUACCACGAGAACUUCAAGCCCGCGGAUGAGCAGGUCAAUGGUCCGACUCCGUUCUCCUCUGAAUGGCUGAUGGACGAUAGUGUCAUUGUUGAGCCCAUGGUGGGGGUGCGGCCCUGGCAAGCCGUGGAUUCCUUGGGGCAUGCGAUCGAGAAGAUUUGGGGCCAGGCGGCGCUGAACCUGGAGAAGCAGAUUGAGGAGGGCACCCCGGCAACAGAACAGAUCGUAUGGGGCCUGUUCAUGAACGUGGAGAGCAUGACGAUCAGACUGCCCGAGCCCAAAGCCUUGAAGAUGAGAUACCUUUUGGCGCUCCCGGAAUUGCAAUUCGGUGGACGUGAAGUUCACCUCAAAGUUGCUCAGGAGCUAAGGGGACUGGGUCAGUAUGCCGCCAUUACAAUCCCACCUUUGAGGACUGAGCUCAGCGUCAUCGAUCUCUUCCUAUGCCCCAGCAAGUGCGAGGGAGGCUACAUCCGGCCGAACGUGAACGACGAGGACGCAGCGGCCCGAGCCUGGCGGUGCUGGGACGAGAUGCUGGCAUUGCUGAGGCUGUGGUUUGAGACACCCUAUGAGGGCACCUUCGAGUCCACCAUGGAGAGCAUGCUGACCACGAGAGAGCUCCUAGCACUCCCUGGCAUGCGAGAAAGGCUACGUUGGGUGGGAGGCGACGCCACUCCAGAGGUGGCGGGAGCUCUUGAUUGGAAGGCAAAGCACUACAUGCGCGAGGACGCCAAGGAGAUGCUCAAAGCGCUUGGGAAGGUGCCCGAAUUGGCUGAGGAGCCGGAGAUGAAGAUCGCCAUUGCUGAACUCCUCUGCUACGCUGGACUUGCUGCUGCUGAAAGCCAUGGAUGGCACGGCGAACUCGUCGCCUAUGCAACGGACAAUCAAAAUGUCCGCUCCUGGCUCACAAAACGGCAAUCGAAGUGUGCUAUCGCACGCCACAUCAUCCGCAUCCUGGGGAUGUUGGAAGUUCGCUACCACUUCAAGACGGUGGCAUUCUACAUCAGGACCUACCACAAUGUCACCGCCGACUGGUUGAGCAGAGAGACCAAGAAGGUCGUUGAAGACAAGAUGGAGCUGGACGGUUGGACCAAGGUCGACGUGAAGGAGGACUGGGGGCACUACAUCGACGAGUCCGUGGCGGGCAUCUUCAGGUGGCCGGGUGGCGAAGCACUCGGGAGUUUGACCCAAGCGGUGGAUGUGGUGCACAAGCCCUAUUGCCCAAUUGUAGCAGCUGGCUGCGCCGUGGAGUUGGGCCGAGGCAGGUUGCCUUGGGCGAUCGCGUGGGAUCGACUGGGAGGUCAGGUCUGCAAGGUCGGUCAGCAAGGCACACCCAUGGAGGAGAAGCUCGAGGAACUGAACCUCAAGGGCAGCACCACGCUGACAGAUGAGACGGACUUGGUGUGGGUGUUCGCUUCAGUCGCUGAAGACAGCUGGGGUGGCAGUCGGACCUACAUCAAGCAGUUUGUUAAGAAGCACCUCCCGGCAAAUGUGCUGAUUGACAUUGCAAAGGGCGGACCAGUUGAGGAGAUUAAGACCGAUUUGGUGAGGCUGAGCUACAUCGUGCACACCUUCGACUGCCUGACCACUCACUAUGGAGACCCGGUGGCGAAGAGGAAAGUCAUUGUCCUUGGAAGCCGCGUGCGGAAAGGUGAGACCAUUCAGGGAGCCUCCAUGCCUCCAAGGAGCGCAGCUGAGCCUGCUAGUAUUCAGAGAACGCUGGACCCUGCGGCAUGUUCAGUGAAACCUCAGUGGCUCGACCCGGGCACGGUGGUGAACGUGAACCACAAAAUCUCCACGUCAGGAGACCGCAUGCUCCCGUGGCCGGCAGGGCACUUCGCUAGCAGCCAAGAUGGAGAGGCCAAGGAGCUUAUCUACGACAUCCGUGGGCCUGCGUUAACUUGUAGGAGGGGCAAGUCCAUGGUUGUGCUUGAUCAUCGAGGCGCAGAAGUGCAAGCAAGGCGGCUUGGAGCAGAAGAAGAGUGGCUCCUCAAUGGUGGGCGCCUCGAAGACGUUCACAUGCUGCGAGAGCUCGGGACGAAGCAGGACUUCUUCAAGAAGGACGCGGCCAUGAAGUUCCCACAGCAGAGUGCCCACAGGCUGGUCGCUUGGUUUGAGCGUUGGAGGCAAGAUCGGCCAGAAGCGGACCCAGCAGGACAAGAACGUGUAGGAGUGUGCUUCGACGCUGACAGGGCCAGGGCCGAUGAGCAGGUGAAGGCAUGGAUGAGGGCCUGGCAAGGGGAUCAUCAGAACCCUAGAGCCAGCUAUGAGAGAUGGAUGGCAACCCAGCGGCAAGACCCGGAGGCCCUCGAAAAGAUCGGAGGACGCAGGCAGACUGGGUUGAAGAGAGCGAAGUCCGCCCCUCCUGACCGUCUGGUGCUUCCAAGCGCGAUUGGACGAGGUCGAGAACGACUUCAGCUGGAUGCAAAUCAGGAACUUCAACGCGACCGGGCAUGGCUGGAUGCAUUGGCGGCUGAGGCGGUGAUGUCCAAGCUCUCGGAGGGCACGCGUGCGGGCUACGAGGUCGGGUGGAAGCAGUGGUGUCUCUGGCGUCGCAUGGGCAACAAGGGCGUCUACCUCGUCGGGGAGACCAAGGACGAGAGGAAGGCCGAUGAGGAUGAGCUUCUGCGAUUCAUGACCUACCUGGCCCACGUCAUGGGGAGGACAGAGGGCACCGUGAAGCAAAGGCCCUUUGCUAUCAAGAUGGGCCAUCUAGUGGCUGGACACGAUGACCCCACCUUGAACCGGGUCCGCAUCUGGGCAGCGCUGAAUGGCUUCAAGCGAUGGCAACCAGAGACGAAGCGCAAGUAUCCGGUGCUCCCUGGCAUGCUCGUCUGGAUCCACCGCCAUCUGCGCUCUUGCGACACUCUGAGCAAGGGUGAUCAAGUGAUCCUCUGGGCUGCCAUUAUGGUGGGGUUCUUCUUCCUGCUGCGGGCCUCAGAGUUCUUAGUCACGGUCGGCCGAUCGUGGGGCAGCACACGCACCCUGAAGGGCAGCGACAUCGAGGCGCGCAAGGACAACAUGCAGGUGACGAACUUCCACCAGGCGGAGGAGGUGGUGAUCUACCUUAAAGGAUCUAAGACAGACCAAUAUAACCAAGGCACAGUGCGCAACCAGUUCAAGAGUGGCAACGAGCUGUGCGUGGUCAGCGCCCUCGCGGACUACCAGAACAUCAAGCCUGAACGUUUUGCAGGAGCAGAAGAAAAUCAGCCCCUGUUCAGGUUCGAGGAUGGCAAGCCGUUGCAGCGCGGGGACAUUCAGAACCUGAUCCAGCUGGCAGCGGUGGCAGAUGGACAAUCUACGACCCGGUAUGGCUCGCACAGCCUCCGUAUUGGAGGAGCAACAGCAAUGUAUCAGACCACGAAGGACUUGGACGUGGUCAAAAGAUUUGGGAGAUGGAAUUCAGAUGCAUUCCAUGGCUAUCUUUGGGAGUCGCAUGAGCGCCAGAGGGACCUCGCGAAGGGCAUGGCUGGUGCAGAUGGUCAACUUCUUGCACCAAGGAAGAACAAGGGCUAUGAGGCGGCGCCCCGACACCAAGAGAAGCCAAAACAAAGGAUUGCUGACACGCCUACAGGACUACAAAGCUCCAUGAAGGUGGGAUCAAUGGGCAGCGUGAGCGAGGACUACGCCUUAGGCAACUUAACGAAGAUCACGGAGGGCAUGGCUAUGACACCUCGAAUGGCAAGACAACGACCCACGUGGAGCUCUAUGGCCGAGCGGAAGUGCACCUUCUUCGAGGCCCUGCCGCCGCUCGCCGUGCCGGGCCGCGAGGGCGUGGGCGCUGUGCGGUGGCGGCAGCACGUGGCCAGCCUCAGCGCGGUGGAGGUGGAAGCUUCACCACCCCAUCAAGCGGCCACCGGCGGCUACGGCGGAACGGCGUCGCCCUCUGCGCGGGACCAAACGAUGUAG